AUGUCUUGGCUCUUCAAGUCCAACCACCCUAAUCCAGAAUCUUCCAUUCUUCACCCCGCCGUCAUCAACUCCUCUUCGCCGCCCUCCACCGCCGUUGAUCACGGCGUCAAGGAAGACCUAUCAAUCAUUUUCCGCGGCGUCGCCAACUUCCUCGCUCCACCUCCCUCAUCAUCUUCUUCCUCCGGUGAGUCCACCGCACCUUCCAUAACUCUCACCGGAAUCCGGAACGAUCUUGUGGAGAUCGGAGGAAGUUUCAGAAGCUCACUCUCACUUCUCUCCCCGAGAAAAGCCGUCACCGGAAUCUCCAAGCUAGCUUCUCAAUUGUUGCAGUCGGAGUCCGAUCAUGAAGAGGUUGACGGCGGUGCUGUGCCCGGAGCAACGGAGGAUGUUGUUCGUUUCGUGAAGGAGAUUUCUACUCGGCCCGAGUGUUGGACUGAAUUCCCCUUUCCACUCCAUAAUGCAGAUUGCAGCCUUUCUAAUUCUCAGAGAGAACAUGCACUGGCUAUGGAACAACUGGUGCCUGAAUUUGUGACACUUAGAAUGAACCUUUGCAGUUACAUGAAUGUGGAAAAGUUUUGGAUGAUCUAUUUUUUGUUAAUACUUCCAAGACUUAAUCAGCAUGACUUCGAGUGCCUAUCAACCCCAAAGAUUGUUGAAGCAAGAGAUGUUCUCCUACGGAAACUUGAAGAGAGGAACGAUAUACAUGCUGGAGAAUGCGACAAUUCAGGUAUUAUGGAUACACAUCAAGAGGGUAGGGAAGACAGUGGAGCAGAGAGUAUCACAUUAGAUCAAAACCAGAUAUUGGCCGAAACUACAAAUGCAAUAAAGGGUUUAGAAAUUGAUGACACGACAAAUAGUGAAAAAUGGCUGACAGAUACAGAUAUCGAUGCUACUUCCUUGACUUCCUGUACAAAGCAUCAACCGGAAGAAGACAUCUCAUUCAGUGACUUGGAGGAAUACGGCAGUUAUAGCUCUGAUAAUAAAUUAUCAAGCCACGGGGAGGUCUUCAGGGGCUCAUCACCUGAAGGUUCGAGUGGCUGGGUUCAGCUACACGAAAACAAGAGAGAUGGCCGGCAGAAAGCUAUCCAUUUAAAAGGUAAAGAUUCUGAAGAUGAAUCAAAUGACUGGCUCGAUGUUGACGAGUUUCAUUAA